UUUGGUUCCGGUACCCCUAGACGUUUACAGGGCCUUCCUCCAUGGUCGCGAAAGCUGCCGAGGUGCGGGUGGCGGAGAACUCUGUGCGUUCCCUUCUCAACCGGCGGGAAGCAAACGUGUUCUCGAAAGCUGCAGGCUCCAUCGAUCCCUCUUAACGGCUCAAUGGCAGUCCCAGGUAACUGUUACAGGAAGACUUUUUCUAUCAACUGCAGUGAGAAGUGGAACAUAUUUGGACGUGUAAGACCGGAGAUGUGUGUUUGUGAUAAAGAAGUGCCCACUGCAUGCCAGACAAUGCACCAAGUAGGCAUUGGGAAUACAGUGAUGAGCAAGGUUGCAACAAGGAUAGUGUCAGGGCAGGCUGUAAAAAAUGUGGCUACCCUGGUCAUCUGACUUUUGAAUGCCGCAAUUUUCUCCGAGUAGACCCCAAAAGGGAUAUAGUUUUGGAUGUCAGCAGUACAAGCAGUGAAGACAGUGAUGAAGAGAAUGAAGAACUAAAUAAAUUGCAGGCAUUACAGGAAAAAAGAAUAAAUGAAGAAGAGGAGAAGAAAAAAGAAAAAAGUAAAGAGAAAAUCAAAUUGAAAAAGAAAAGGAAAAGGUCUUAUUCCAGUUCCACUGAAGAAGACUCUUCUAAACAAAAGAAACAAAAAUAUCAGAAGAAAGAAAAGAAAAAAGAAAAAAAGAACAAAUCAAAAAAAGGGAAACAUCACAAAAAAGAAAAAAAGAAGAAAAAAAAGGAAAAGCAUUCUUCUACCCCUAAUCGUUCUGAAAUCACAAAAAAGUAAAUUUAAAAUGUCAUCUUUAAAAAGUGUUCCUCCUUGGAUUUUGCUAUAUAAUUGAUGCUUUGCAGUAAACCCCAGCAUUUUCCAUACAGACAUUUUUUCAUUGGUGGGACCAUUAUCCCUCUGGCUGUAUGUGUUUAAAUAAGUCUUGUUACUUGAUAGCCAUGCCCCAAGUAUAGAUAUUUGUAAAUACAGAGCACACUAUUUUUGGUAUUUUGUAUCUCUGUUUGGCUAGUGUUUUUACUUCAUAAAUGGCCCUUGUAGAGUCAACACAAAUAAUCUACUUAAUGGUUAAUGAAUAUUCCUCAAUCAAGUGUCCACCUGUCAGUGAUGAAGCUAGGCAGGGGGUAAUGAUUUGUUAUUGACAUUGAAAAAUUAAACAGCUUUAUCUACUGGGAUAUAAUAUACAAAGAUGAUGAAAUUCUUUACUCUGGUAUUUACUCUAGGCUUUUCAAAGUAUAGUAAAUGAAAUUGGUUUAUUGGUCUUGAGUAGUACUUUUUAAAUGAAUGGUAUCUGCAGGAAGAUGAUAAUAAAAUAUUUAUAACAAAGUUUCAUUGCUUUAUGAAAUGUAGACUUUCUAGUACCUGGCUCCUUUUUUUCCCCCAGUAACAGUUAAAAUGUUUUUUCCUUGUUUAGGGACUAGUUCAACCUUUAAGAAAGUCUGGCAGAGAUGAUGCUAUGUUGGUCAAAAAUUUUAGGGUAGACUCCUGGGUAUUACAAAUGUGCCAUAUUGGCAUGUCUUGCAGAGAUACCUCAAAACAGCCAAAUUUGCAUUAGAACUGAUAUUUAUUGUAUUUAGUAUAUAAACAUUAUGAACCAUAUGUCUAUGAGUAAUGUGGAAAAUUUUUGUAAAUAUUAGCACAUAUAUCUUUUGUCUGAAAUGACUUACAGUUUUGAAGCAAGUUUCACACUGAUUUUCCGCUUUCGUGAAUAACAAGUUUGAGGUGUUUCCCUCUUUUACAUCAGUCACAAGUAUCAGUAAGAAUAAAAAAAAAUUUAGAAUUAAAAAUUCUAUACUUUUUAAAAUUUAAAAACCAGGGAGUUACAUCAUGAAAGCCUUUGUAAAACAAUGGAAAGUUUUUGAGAAAGCAUUUUCAUAUGCUUUCUGGUAGAUAUGUUUCUGACAUUUUUAAUUUCAUAGUGAUAAUGUUACUUAAUUUCUUUAAUGCUUAGUAUUCCUGAUACACAGUAAGUUAAAUAUUUAUAUUGUAGUAACAUUGAAACUCACCCUAUUAUCAUGGGAAAGCACCAAAGAUCCCAAGUAAGCUCACUGUGGUGCACUUAGAAGUUUUCAUGUUGGUAACGUACAGACAUGGCUGCAGCUGAAUACAUGAUGAUGAAAUCAGCUGGGUUCACUUAACCUCAUGGGCUGGAAGCACUUACUGAGUCUUCCUUCAGGGGCACCCUAGCCAGCAUGCCCAUACUCAAAACUCCAGGGAAGCUGCACACACAGCCCUGCCCUGGUGUUUGAGCCUCAGACACCUUCAUACCUCCAGCUUUUCCAUGACCUCAUUUAUUCACUUGGUUCCUUCAAAAAGAAACUGUUGUUUAAAGAGUUCAGUCAACAGAAAAACACAAAACUAUUAGAUUUUUUAAGGGUCUGUUUUGCCUUCACUAUUCUUCAGAUGAAAAUUCAGUUCUUUAGUAUUAAUGACUUUUCAAGUUGGUAAAAAAGAAAAAGCCUUUUUAAAAAUGUUUAAUAGAUACUACAUACAAAAGGAUGGCCUCAUCCCACAGUGUAUGUAAUAUGGGAGUAAUUGCAGUACAGUUAAUCAAGUUAUUUGUUUUACUUCUAUUAAUUGUAAAGAUUAUAAAUUAACGUUUCUUUUCUGAACAGUGACAGAACUUAUGAUUCAGAAGUUAUAUAAAAGUCAGCCCUCAUUAACUAAUAUACUAUAGAAAAUAAAAGAUUUUAAUAGCUCUAAUUUUCCCCAGAAAUAAUCUUAUAUUCUUGAUUUCCCAUAUUAGCAUAGUUUAUAAAAUAUUUCAUUUGAACAAAAGUUAUUUUUUUUUACUACUUUUCUUCUGAGAUGAUCUUGCCUUUAGUGCAAAUCUCAGUAUUAAAUUUUAGGGAGAAAUUAACGAAAUUUCAUCCCAGGCAGUAUGCAGCAUUGUUCCUAGUAACAAUCCAGAAGUCAUGAUCAUUCUCACUAGGUAAUCCAACCCCCAUAGAAUAACCCUAUAUAGCCCUCAGUAAAGUCAUCUAGCUUUUUUGGGCUUUGGUGUCUUUUACCUAUAAGCAGUUGUACUAAAUUAUCUCUGACAUUACAUCUAAUCUUCAACGUAUAUUAUUGCCAAUAUUUUAGUAAAAUUCAAGUAAUACUUUAGAAAUUGUUAUAGAUACACAGCUAGUGUUCUAUAACAGUAAAAGUUAAAUUUAUUAAUUAUUAAACAUAUCAACUUUUUAAAACAGAUAAAGGAUGCUAGAUUUGCUUUUUUGUGACCACCCAAUGUAUGCCAUUUUCAUUAGAUGCAGACAAUUUAAAUUUACAUUUGUAUCUGUAACCAUAUUAUCUGAAUACUUUGAGACUGUUGUUUUUAGGUGAUAGACUUACAGGUCCAGCAGUUUCUCCAUUUUUUUUUCUCCAUAUCAUCUGUUGACUAAAAUCUCUCAAGCAUAUUUUUAGUUCUUCACAUUUAAUAUAUCUUCAUUUACGUCUUUAGGUCCCAGAAGCCAAGGCAUCAAUUACUAAGAAGUAAAAUAACUAUAUGUGUCUGUAUUUGCUGUACUAUCUAAAAUCAUAUAACUUCAGGUUACCUUAGGCACCAGAGUUAUUAAUGUUUAUUAAAAUGACAUUGAGUCAUCUCUUCAACAAAUAUUGAGUACCAACCAUGGCAAAUACUAUGGUGCUAUGUAGUGAGGAGAGUUCUAAGUAAGAUACAUUUGCUUCCCAUAUGGAGUUGACAGUCUGGUUGGUAUGAGAAACACUAAAUCACACCAUUAUUAAACAGUGUCAGGGCUGGGGAUUUAGCUCAGCGGCAUAAGCACCUGCCUUGUAAGCAGGCAGUCGUGAGUUCAAUCCCUGGUACCGAUAAAAAAAAAAAAAUACCUGAUUAAACAGUGUCAAUAAUUCAAACAUGGCCUAAUAGAAAUACAGACGGGUAUCUAACCUAUUUGGAGAAAUUAAAAGAAACCACCUAGAGAAAGUAAUGCCUGAAUUUCAUUUUGAUUGAAGACAAGGGAGACAUGGUUAGGAUGGAUACUGUGAACAAAAUCACAUACAAAAUUAUAUAUGCGUGUAGGAAUUAUAAGCUAUCUCAUUUUGCUAUUGUGUCAUAUGUUAAACAGGAGUGUUAAGAAUUAAGAGAAAUAUUUUAGAUUCUUGGGUUCAAGAAAAGAUCUUGUGUUCCAUGAUUAGAAGUUUUGACUUUAAUUUAUUAGUGGUGAGACAUUAUUAAAGAGUUUCAAAGAAGGAAAUGACCAUUACUGGGAUUUGGUUUUAUCUAUUUUAUAAACCUAUUGCAGUUUUUUAAAAGAUGGUGUUGCUCUCAUUAAAAGGCCCUGUAAAAUAGCAGAUGAUUCUUCUGUGUUCCAAUAUUUGUAUUUUUCUACACUCACCUUGCUUUCCAAGAUCUAUUUUACCAAAAAUUAUAUAGUGACUUAAAUUACCUAAAAACAUAAAGUUCAAUUGUAUCCUUUAUCAGACCAAUUCUCAGUAUUAAGUAUCUAAGCAUUUUUUGAAAAUUUUUAAAAUUAUAGUUUAUUUUUGAAAGGCUUAAACCAAAUUAUAUCUUUGUUUUUGUUAGAUCCAAGUAAAUAAUCAAAAUAUUUUUCAUUCAUAGGCUAUGCCAUAAGUUGAUAAAGCAUCUUGUCUUUAAUAUUUUGUCCUAAUUUGUAAAGUACAAUUACAUAAAAUUUACAGAGAAAGAUGCCAGCCAGUCCACCGGACGAGCCCUGGGGCUCUUCCUCAGGUAACCUACUGAUAAGCUAUCUCAGCAGGUAGUCAGCCAGGCAGACCCUUCUGAUCCUAGCGCUGGGAGGCAGACCUGGGCUAUUGUCCAAGUACAGUAUAUUUCUUAUACCAUUGUGACAGUAAUCCUAGCUGACAUGCCCACACUCUUCGGACCUCACCUAUUUCCUCUCAGCUCCUUUGAAAAUACACAGAGUAGCAGAGAAUUGGUGUCAUCCAUCCAGACCCAGGCUCUAUUUGCCUGAUCUAUGGGUGAUGAGGAGUCUUGGGGACCAGGAGCAUUUUGCUGACCUUGAGUCAGUGUUUCUUGCUCGUGUCCUGAAUGACAUAUGCCCUUGCCUUUGAGCAUCAAGUAAACCCACAACAGUGCCUUCACUUUCUCAACUAGAUUUUCACCUGAGACAGUAAAAUAAUAUAUUACUUCCUGUAUAUCCAAUUUUCUGGGAUAUUUUAAAAAUCAAUGCUAUAUAAAAAUUUUUCACAAAAGAUCUAUGAGCUUUCAAAAAAGAAAAAUCUUUUGAUUUUAUGACCUCACGUCACUUUUAUAAAGGAAAAGUCUUUCAUAUACAUUCUAAGCAAUUUUAAUAUUUAAACCUUGGCAAAUAUGUUCUUUUUGAAUGUGAAAUCCAAGUGAAGCAGUAGGAUGUUGUGAUAAUGAUGAGGGACUCUGCUUUCAAUAUAACUACAUGUGGUCAUUUAAUUUUAAGCAGCAACUGUGGCAGGCAGUGCAAAGUUGAAAGAACAUUUUUAUCAUCAAAGAAACUUCCUUAAGACAGUACUGGUCUAGAAGACAUCCAUGGUUGUUCUAAAAAUUUUGACAGCCUAAUGAUGAAAAGUUUCUAACUCCAAGCUUUGCAUGCCCAAGGACAAUAGGCAUCAUUUUUUGUUUUGUUUUUGUCUUAUUUUUGUUUGUUUUUUUCAUACCAGACCAGAGAAGCUAUAUUCAGGCUAUUUUGGAAGACUAGUCUUCUGACUACACAUUACUAUACAAAGCAGCAAAUGUGUGUAGUAGAGCUGGCUUAAAAAUAGUCCUUUUUUCUAUUGAAUUCCAUCAUAAAACCAGGUCUGUGUUCUUGUAACAGAAAUCACAUUUAUGAAUAAAACACUUAAAACUGAUAAUUUGCAGAAACUAGCUUUGUUUCUAGAUGUCUAGGUGGUAUUAAUAUGAUAGUAAUAGGUUAAAACCAGAGAACUGGAUGGCUUUAUAACUUUCAUUACAGGGAUGCUUAGGGAAAUUUAUCAGUAAAGGAUUUCUAUUAUGGCUGUCCCUUGAAAUAUAGAAAAUACUGUACAGAUUUUACUGUGUGAUUUUUUUUGAUACUGGAUAUUAACUUUUAUGAUGGUAAUAUUGGGUCCCCAAAAAAUCCUCAAAAAAGGUAUAGCUGAUUUUAAGACAUUUAAGAAUGUGUCACCUCUUGUUUAUAAGACACCCCUGAGACUUACCUAUCCAGUACCAUCCUCUCAUACAGAAAUAAUUCCCUGUAUCAAAAAAAUUGUGAAACGUGGAAUUGUGAUGUAAACUUUUCAUUGUUUCUCAUUAAGAUAGGUUUACUUAUCUGUGCAAUUGAUAAAUUUCUUCUGAAAAUUAAUAUAAUUUAUGAAAUGCAGAAACAUCAAAUAAAAGUAAAUCUAUGCAUGUGAAAAAUAUCAAAAUUUAGUAAGUGUUCAAAUGAAAUUAGCCAAUCAGAAAUGCAGCUGUUUCUUUUUUGGGUGUGGAAAAUAUUUGAAAUGCAAAAUACAAACUGUGGCUUGAAAUGCAUUCUUUAUUUUUGUUGCUCCAGCUCUCCUGUGAGCUUUUAAAACACAAGAUUUUUCAACUAGUAAACAAUAUUGAUUUGUGCUGUAUCCAUUCCUUUGUCUUGAAUUAUAUCUUCAGCCUCAUAGGAUGUUUCAUUUGUUGAAUUUGAUGCUGCAUUUGAAUUGAGGGCUUUGGUUUUCCUAUUUAAGUUGCCUGCAAAUACAAAAAAUAAAAAGUUUGAAAUUA